AUGCUGUACUUGAGCUCGGUAUCAGCUGCCAAGAGGACCCAGAUCAAGAAUGCGUUCACGUUGAUUGACGGCGAGUCGCGGGACUCAAACAUCACCCUCGAAGACCUCAAACAGGUCUACACCACGGUGGGCUUGGCCAGGCCCAGUGACUCGGAGCUCAAAGCCAUGAUGACCAUCGACGGCGUGGACCAUUCUGAAACGGGGAUAAAGUUUGCCCAGUUUCUGGCAAUGAUGGCCAAGGAGAUGCUGCAGCUAGAAGAGGCCUCUCUACUAUAUACCGCACUUCAAGCGUACCUGCUACUGGACGAUCAGAAGGUUGCAAAGGACGAUUUGCAAAUAGACAUGGAGAAAUUGAAGGAUGCGUGCUGUUCGGCUAACGUGGGUGCCUUUGGCGAAGAACCUAAGUAUCUAUCGCGCCAAAGCUUCAACAAGUUAACCAAGGGGUUCGUACUGGAAAACAUCGACGGGAAACCCAUCUUCCUUGCGUCGAAAUGGCUCGACGCUUACCUCAAUUAA